AUGUACCUGUAUGAAUACAUUAUUAUCUCACUACUGCUGGUGAACUCUGUUGGCUUUCAGGUGCGAGGUCCUUCUGGUCCUCUGGUUGUUCCUCUGGGAGGUUCCGUGGUCUUGCCUUGUUUUAUUAACAAAGCCUUACUAUCUGAAGGACUGGAGGUGGAAUGGAGAAGAUCAGACUCAGAGACUCUGGUUCAUCUGUAUCAAGAUGGUGAGAGUCGACCAGAGGUCCAGCAGCAGGAUUAUCAUGAUAGAGCUCAUUUCUUUACUGACCAGAUUCAACAUGGAAACUUCUCCCUCCUGUUGAACAAUGUGACAGCUGAAGAUGAGGGACAAUACACAUGUAAAGUUUUCAGUGAGCAGGAUUCUGCUGAAACUGUUGUUGAAAUUAAACAUGUUGAGCGUUUGAUAGUAUCUGGAUCAGAACACUCCAUAUCUGCGUAUGCGGGUGAAGAUGUCACUAUGAACUGCUCUGUGGACUCUCACAUCACACCUGAAGAGAUUGAAGAGGUUUCGUGGAAGAAAACAGAUAAAGAUGGGGAUAUUCUGGUCCUGCUCUACCAAAACAAUGAGACUUUACCAGAUUCAUCAAAUGAAAAAUACAGAGACAGAGUUGAGUUCUUCACUGAUGCAAUCUCUGAAGGAAACUUCUCUCUCAGACUGAAGAGUGUCAGAACUGAAGAUAAAGGAGUUUAUAUGUGUCAAGUGUUUGCUGGAGGAGUUUCAGCCAACACAACUGUAGUAAUGGAACUAGGUUUCUCUUAUUCACACAUGCUGGUGUUGAUUCUUUGUGUAACUGCAUCUGGAUCUGCACUACUUCUCUGCUGCCUAAUCUACUGCAGAUCACCAUAUGAAGACACAUUCCUCCAUCUCCAGAUGUUUCUGAUCUUCUGUCCAAAUAUUAUUAUGUUUCUUGCUUUUGUCUUCUGGGGUGUUUCUGAAGGAUCUGUGAAUGAGUCCAUCGCUUGUUGUGUUCUUUAUUUUUUGAGACCUCUGAUGUUGCUGUGGGCCACUCCAUAUGUUUUGCAGUUAUCAGGCAAAACUAAAACACUGAUUUUGGAUCACAGUCAUGUUGCAGAAUAUAUUUUUUUCUCAGUUGUUGUUUAUGUAGUUCUUUUUAAAUCUGCCUUGGAAAAAAUUCUGAAUUAUGCAGAGUUUGAUAGAGCUAUAAUAACAGUCCUCUUUGGAAUAGUGCUUCUCUGCCCCUCAGCAAAAAUAAUUUACAGACUCAUCAUUGUUGCAAUUUUACCAGUGGUACUAAUGAUGACAAAUGACACAUGGUUUUAUAAAUGCUUAAUUCUCGGCUGUUCAGAAUCGGUCCAGAGGACAUUGUGGUUCAUUGUCAUGUUAGUGAUCAAUGCAGUAAUGAUGAUUGUUUUCAUCAUGACCCUGGAAAAUGAAAUCGAUCCUAUUGGAUGGGCCUGUGUGAUUGUGUUUCUGCAAAUACUCUGGACAGUCAUAAAGUUUACUGACUUUACUCUCCUUAUUGCCUUCCGUUUUGAUCGAGGUGUCAGUCCUUACCAUUCUUCCUCUCCUGGCCUCACUCUCCACAGACAUUCCUCAGCCACGCUCACAUCACCACAAUCCUCAAUGAUCCACCAACACGACCCGGAUUCAAAGUUGAUGUCAGGGAAUCAAGCAGCCCAUUCAAGACUACAUAUAAUAGUCCCUGCGAAGACAGAAUACAGCAGUGUUUAUUUACUUCGAGGUAAUCCAGUCAAACAAGAGGAUGUUGUGGAGAUAAAAGAGUAG